UACCAACACAAACCAACACUACAUAACCUACAAAAGUGACAUGUGUUUACCAGUUAUAAAUCUUCAAUAAUUUUAAACACACUCCCAUUAUUCAACGAUGGGGAAGAAAACCAAAAUCGGAAAACAGCGCAAAGACAAAUACUACCAACUCGCAAAAGAAACAGGUUUCAGAUCUCGUGCCGCCUUCAAACUAAUCCAACUAAACCGCAAAUUCGAAUUCCUCCAAAAAUCUCGAGUAUGCAUCGACUUGUGUGCCGCCCCCGGCGGCUGGAUGCAAGUAGCUCAACAAAACAUGCCCGUCUCCAGCAUCAUCGUCGGAGUAGAUCUAUUCCCGAUAAAACCCAUCCCCGGCUGUAUCUCCCUCACUGAAGACAUCACGACCGAAAAGUGCCGCGUCGCACUUACCAAGGAACUACAAACAUGGAAAGCCGAUGUGGUGUUGCACGAUGGAGCCCCAAAUGUGGGUAAAAACUGGCUGCAUGACGCGUACCAGCAAGCGUGCUUGACUUUGAACGCGUUGAAAUUGGCUAGCCAGUUUUUGAAGAAAGGGGGCUGGUUUGUGACGAAGGUGUUUCGCUCGAAGGAUUAUAACCCCCUGAUUUGGGUUUUGAAACAGUUUUUUAAAAAAGUGCACGCCACUAAACCCCAAGCAUCAAGAAAUGAGUCGGCUGAGAUUUUCGUGGUUUGUCAGUAUUAUAUUGCGCCUGAUAAAAUUGACUCCAAGUUUCUGGAUUCGAAGUACGUUUUUGAGGAGUUGGAGAUUGAGCCGCAAAAUAAGUUAAAUAUUUAUCAUCCGGAAAAAAAGAAGAAGGAUAAAGCCGGGGGCUAUCCAGAGAAUGACUAUACUUUGCAUCAUGUGCUGAAGGCGUCGGAUUUUAUUAGGCAUCCAACAGGGGUGGAACUAUUGGAAGCUGCCUCAGAGAUUGUUCUUGACACUUCUGAAAUUGCAAGUCACAAGAAAACAACCCUUGAAAUUAAAGAAUGUUGCAAGGAUAUUAAAGUUUUAGGAAGAAAAGAUUUGAAGGCUCUUAUGACUUGGAAGAAGACUCUGAGUGAAGAAUUUAAAGAAAAGAAAGAAGAAAAACCAGAGAAAGAAACAGUUGAAGAGGAAGCUGCAGAAACUGAUGAAGAUGAAUUAAAAGAAGUCCACCAACAAAUUUUAGAGUUAGAGACUGAAGAACAACGCGAUUUAAAACGCAAGAAGAAGAAAGCACAAAAAGAGCGCAAGAAACUUAAUGAAAAACUAAACUUGAAGAUGGUUUUAAAGGGCGAUUCAGGACCCACAAUGGAGAAUGAUGGCAUGUUUAAUUUAAAACAAGUGACUAACAAUAAACAAAUGAAUAAAGUCCUCAAUCAAACUCCCGACGUCGUGGCGCAAUCAGAUGAUGAAGAAAAUGAAGUUAAAACGAAAUAUAUUCGCUAUAAUAAAGAUGAGCAACAUCUUAGUGGCUCAGGAUUAUAUUACAAAGAUUCUGAUUCAGAAUUAGAAUUAGAAAGUGAGUCUGAAGAUGAAAGUCAAAUAAAAGAAGGCCUUGGAUUGAGCGACAGCGAAACUAGUGAUGUUGACGAUUCCAAAACAAAAGUAACUAAACCUAAAAAACACCCCUUAAUCACUGACUUGGACCACCGAAGCAAAGAAGAAAAGAAAGCUCAUAAAGCAGAAUUGUGGUUUGAAAGGGAGGCUUUCAAGAACUUGAUAGAUGAAGGUGAUGAAGAUGCAGAUUUGGAUAAAACAGUAAAAGAGUUUAAAAAGAAAGGCGCUAAAAUUUUGGGUGAAGAUGAAGAAAAAUAUAAUAAAAGCACUAAAAAAGUUUCCACAGAUAGCGAUUAUAGUUCUGAUGAUUCAGAAGAUUCUGACUAUGAUGUAGAGCAAGAAAUUAAAGUACCUGUGAACAAUGCAAAGAAAGAUGGUUUUGAAAUUGUCUCAUCUGGUGAAAAAAUUGGUAAAAAGAGGAAACAGAGGUUGGGUGAAGAAGAAUUAGCGCUUGGAACGCUGAUGGUGAACAGUAAAAAGACGAAACGGGAUAUAAUCGACGCGGCGUGGAAUCGAUAUGCUUUCAACGACGAUAAUUUGCCUGACUGGUUUGUACAAGAUGAGCAAAAACACAUGAAGAAGGAUGCCGCAGUUCCAAAAGAAAUGGUCCAAGAGUAUAAGAAGCAAUUGCAGGAGCUCAACGUGCGACCCAUUAAAAAGGUAAUUGAAGCAAAAGCUAGAAAGAAGAAGAGAGCUUUGAAGAAACUUGAGAAGGCAAAGAAAAAAGUGGAGAGUUUAAUGGAUAACGUGGACGUCUCGGAUAAAGAAAAGGCCAAACAAAUAAAGCAGUUGUAUAAGAAAGCAAGACGAGAACCUAAGAAAGAGGUGACGUACGUGGUAACCAAGAAACACAUGGCUGCUAAAAAAAUGAAAAGGCCGGCCGGUGUUAAAGGUCAUUAUAAAGUCGUCGACGCACGAAUGAAAAAGGAUUUGAAAGCACAGAAGGCGAAACUAAAAACUCAAGGAAGAAAGAAAAACAAAGGAAGAAAAAAAUAAUUGUGAUGAGUAUUUUGCUGCGUACUUUUACUUUUUCUUAAAUAAUUUAUACAGUGAUUAAACAAAUUGCCAAGGUUGUUUACAAUGCAUUUGAAUGUUUAUUUUUAAAGAAACUGCAUAAUUACGCAAAGGCGAAGGGUUAUUAUCUAAUCGUACGGUAAUAAUAAAACUUUGUGAAUUUCGCAACGUGACGAAUGCAGGAUAAAUUUAAUGUCACUUCCUGAGAAACCGAAUUCGUCGAAGUUAAGUUCCAAACAACACGUCAUGUCAUGUUCUGCGAACCCGAAUAAACAAAAGCUCGGUUGAGUUUUCCGUUGCGGAAUCGGCCGCCUUUUCGAGGGCUCAUAAUUCAACCGACAAUGCAAUAAAAUAUCAUCAAUUUGAAUAAAUGUGGUGUGACAUAACAUGUCGUAAAUUGGCCGUUGUUUAUGUCAUCCAUUGGCCCUCACCUUGAAGACACUUCCCGCAGUAAAAAGUAAUUUUCCAAGCGGCCAUUGUCAUACCAGAAACCCAUUUAUCUCAUACACGCAAAUUGAAUUAAACGAGUAUUAUUAACUAAUUAUCUCUAUCACUUUGACCAUGAAAACGAUUGUGAGCCAGUACACAGGCAGCUCAUGCCAACCUUGAACCCUCCGUUAUCAAAUACCCAAGAUAAACGCGUACAAACAACGGCGCAUUUAUGCUAAAUAUCUCGCUCCUAUUAUUGUUAUUUUCGUGGCGGUGGCGGCGGCGGCGGAGGCGGCAGCAACGUCAUGUACCCUACACACGCACAUCCUUGAACCUCGAUAUAGCAACACGACAACAAGUUCAUAAAAAAGCGCUAAAAACAGAACUUUGCUUGUUGACGCUGAGUGUCAAGAGGUGGAAAAGGGGCGGGGGGACGGACGGACACCCACCAACGGCCCCGACGCGACCGCCCGACUGACCUUGCUAAACUUGACCUUGCUUUAUUUCAGUAGCGCACCUCAGGGACUUUGGAUAUCUACCGAAAACCGACUCACUCCACCACGGUAGCGCGACACCGCACGAAAGUUUAAAUCUCCCGCCGGACGAGCGACACCUGGCGUUGGAGAAAUUCAAAAAAUACCCCUAUCUGAGGCGCAGGAAAUCGCUUCGUGAUUAAUGAAUAAUGAAUACAUUAAAAAACUGCAAUUAUUUUUUUAA